AGGACUAUUGUUGACAACGUUUCUCAAUUUGCCUUAGCUCAUUUCGGGCCUUCUCUUCUCACAUUGAUUGGGCAUCUUACUUCCUCCCUUCAUUAAGAGUCUCAUUGUCUUGUCACAUUCCCUGCCACUUCAGGCCCGAAAGCAACCGGGAGUUCAGUAAGCAUGCCGAUCCCGGACUUUGCCAACGAGGCAAUCUUCCCAAUCUUUGAGGGCCUCCCCAUCGAGGAACCCGGCGCCGCCGAUCCACCCUCGUACGCCGCAUCCUCGGAGCCGCCCUCCUACGCGCCGGCGCCCUCCGACCCCCCAUCCUACACGGACUCACAAUCCGGCUCCGGCACCGCCAAAUCAUCCGCCUCAUCAUCGUCGACAGCAGUCACGAGACCACCUGCGUCAUCCCACGACGCACGCGAAGAAUGGUUCCUCAUAGCGCAGGUAAAACAAAACAUGACCAUCACGAAACCGACGCUCGUGGUCGUCGAUCGUCAGCAGACAGAGUUCGCCGUCACGUUUGAGGACCGCGGCAUCGAUCUGCGGCCCGUGAAAGGCGGGUGGACGAUUGUCGUGCCGCGCGGGGUGAGAACGGCGCCUAAGGGCGGGAAGAGGGGGUUUGUCAGGGUGUCGGAGGGGAAGGGGACGGGGGUGAAGUAUAUCCCCGGCGGGCUGGAGCAGAUUGGGGAGUUGGGGGCGAGGGUGAGGGAGGAUGGGGGACGGUGGUUGAGGGAGUGUGCUGGGUGUGGGAAGGGGGCUGGGGAGGGUGAGACGUUGAAGAGUUGUACCGCUUGUGUUGUUGCGAGGUAUUGUGGCAAGGAAUGCCAGAAGGAGGAUUGGAAGAAACAUAAGGGGGACUGUAAGGUUCUUAAAGGCAUGGCGAACGCGUGGGGGAUAUGAUGCCGCCAGACGAAUGGAGUACCGGGUAUGAUUAAAGAACUAAAGAGAUGCUCUGUAUCUGAACGGUGUAGAUCUGUGACUAGAGAAGUGGUAAUGGACAAGUUCUAGUCCGCUGCAUUGAUGAUAGAAAUCACUGUGGAGGGCCCUGGGUAGACAUUAGAGCUGACAAUCACUGU